AUGACAGCCCAAGUGUGCAUCUGCAUCUGGUUGGUCUGGGCCUCAGUGUUGGACCUCAUCCAUGGACAAGGACCCAGCCCAGGGACUAGUCGACUAAGACUGACUGUGUUGUCUGAAGACCGACUCCAGAUGAAGUGGAAGGAAUCAGAAGGAAAUACCAAUGGCUACAAAGUCCAAGUAAAGCCCAUGGCAGGAGACUCAGAGCAGGAAGUAAUGCUGACUACCAAGACACCUAAAGUCACAGUGGUUGGACUGAGCCCCACCAAGGAAUACACACUCCAAAUAUUUGCACUCAGUGGUUCCCGUGACACUCUGCUGGCCAGGCGGAGAUUUGUGAUUGAGGAUUUGAAGAGCAUCUCCACAGGCAGAAAUAGCCGGAAGCCAUCAGGGGAAACUUUGGAGUCCAUUCCUUCUUCAGUGGGAAAUCAUGAAUUUGAGCAGGUUCCUGAGCUUGAAUUCUGCUUAGCUGUCUCUGCCUCCAUCUUCCAAGGUCCCCAGUUCUAUUGUGACACCUCCAUUCCUGUGGACAUAGUAUUCCUGGUGGAUGGAUCCUGGAGUAUUGGCCGAAGUAACUUCAGGCUCAUCAGAGAAUUCCUAGCUAAUGUCAUCUCUCCUUUUCACAUUGCCCAGGAUAAAGUCCAAAUUGGUUUGUCCCAAUAUAGUGGAGACCCUCGGACUGAAUGGGACCUGAAUUCAUUCAGCACCAAAGAAGAAGUUCUAGAGGCUAUUCGAAAUCUCCGUUAUAAGGGUGGUAACACCUUCACCGGUCUUGCACUGACUCAUGUACUGGAGCAGAAUCUGAAGCUUGAAGCUGGGUCUCGUUCUGAGGCAGUUAAAGUAGUCGUUCUUCUGACUGACGGCAAGUCCCAGGAUGAUGCCAGACUUGCUGCUCAAGUUCUGAAAGAUGUGGGCAUAGACAUCUUUGCCAUUGGAGUGAAGAAUGCCGAUGAGUCUGAGCUGACACACCUGGCAUCCCUUCCCCUGGAUGUCACAGUUCACAAUGUUCUGGAUUUCCCUCUCCUUGGCAACCUGACAAGCAGGCUCAUCAGGCUCCUCUGUUGGAAGAUCCAAGAGAGAAGUCGAAGCAGAGACCCAGGUGAAGGGAUACAUUUAUCGACCCAUCCAAGCCCCACGAACUUGAUUGUAUCAGAAGUGACAGCCUCAGGAUUCCGUCUGGCCUGGACCCCUCCUCUGGAGCCUGCCAGAAAGUACAGGAUCGUAUACCAUCCCUCCAGAGGUGGCACACCCAGGGAGGUCACAGUGGAAGGGGCUACUUCAUCUGCCCAGCUGCUGAAUUUGACCUCCAACACAGAGUACUUGGUCACAGUGUUUCCUGUCUAUAAGGAUGGUGUUGGAGAGGGGCUCUGGGACAUAGUGACUACAUUACCACUGUCUCCUCCAAGCUCAUUGACCAUUUUAAGCGUGGCCCACAAUAGUAUCCAUUUGACCUGGAAGCCCACAAGUAAAGCUACCCAGUACCUCGUUCACUGCACUUCAGCUUCCCCUAGAGAGCAGGAGGCAGAUGAGGAAGAGGAAGAUGGGAGAGAGGUUCGAGUGAGGGACCCUGAGGUUCUGCUGGAAGGUUUGGCUUCUGGUACAGAAUAUAGCAUUGCUGUAUAUGCCCUCUUUGGGGAGGAAAUCAGUGAGUCCCAGAGCAUCCGAGCCAAGACCUUGUCUUUGGAUCUCCCCAAACACCUGAGCUUCUCUGAGGUCAGCCACAGCUCUGUUCGAGUUCACUGGGAGGCAUCAUCGAGGGGAGUUCGCAUGUACCGUGUGUCCUAUGUCUCACUGGAAGGGAACCAAGCUGGGGAGAUAGAUGUCUCCAGGAAUGCCUCCUCUGUCAACCUGGCCCCACUGUCCUCCUCCACCUCAUAUAUUGUCAGUGUCACAUCAGUCUACAAAGAGGGGGAUUCUUCCACACUCACUGGACGAGUGACCACACGAAAAGUCCCAGCCCCAAGCCACUUGAAAGUAACUGAAUUGCCAGGGGAUGAUGUCAGACUGGAGUGGGCUGCCGCUGCAGCCUCUGGUGUGGUGGUCUAUCAGAUCAAAUGGACACCUUUGGGUGAAGGAAAGGCUUAUGAGAUUUCUGUCCCAGGGAACCUAGGCACUGCUACUUUGCCUGGUCUAGGGAAGCAUGCAGAAUAUGAGAUCUCCAUCUUAGCCUAUUACAGAGAUGGGGCCCGUAGUGACACAGCAUCCCUCCGAUAUACUCCGAGUCUGGAUAAACAUUGUCACCUAACUGAACCUCUUGGCAUGAGAAUAGCAGAGUUUCCUUUGAAUCCCAUGUUUGCAAAGAUGUUGCUAGAGUCAGGAAAUUUUGGAUGUUCUCAGGAGAUUUUGAGCAUUGCAGCCAUGAUGCAGAUUCAGAAUGUUUUUGUAAUUCCACCAAAUCAGAAAACUCAGGCUAUGAGGGAACACCGAAAAUUUGCUGUGGAGGAGGGUGACCAUCUCACUAUGCUUAAUGUGUAUGAAGCUUUUAUCAAACACAGUAGGAAUUCACAGUGGUGUCAAGAGCAUUUCCUUAACUAUAAGGGGCUUAUGAGGGCUGCAACUGUAAGGGAGCAAUUGAAAAAGCUGCUCGUCAAGUUUAAAAUACCGAAGAAAUCUAGUGAAGGUGACCCAGAUCCUGUUCUAAAGUGUAUUGUUUCUGGAUUCUUUGCUAAUGCUGCUAAGUUUCAUUCCACUGGAGCGUAUAGGACUAUCCGUGAUGAUCAUGAAUUACACAUACAUCCCACAUCAGUACUCUACGCAGAAAAACCACCUCGAUGGGUUGUCUACAAUGAGGUCAUACAGACUUCAAGAUACUACAUGAGGGAUGUGACUGCUAUUGAAUCUGCUUGGCUGUUGGAGUUGGCACCACAUUUCUAUCAGCAGGGAACGCCUCUUUCAAUGAAAGCCAAAAGGGCCAAGGUUGAUGACCAGUGACCACAAUUCAGCUGCCACUGAUAGUACCUGAUCCUUUUCUUGGAAUCCUCCAAGAUGUGGCGUUUGGGCCUUGGGACAUGUAAUCCUAAACUUUUCACUGAUUUAAAGCUGACUGUUCUUUACAUUUCGGUCAGUUCAUCAGCCACUAUUCCUCUCCACUAAAUGUAAAAGCCUGUCAGGAUCCUGUAGGAGUUGAUGCAUGAGCAGACCAUGGUAAAACUAAAGCUGAGCUUGCAUUGUGGACAUUUUACUUCUUGGCUGAUGUGGCCAUAUUUGUUAGCCUGGGCAUAUUGUCCCUUUAACAUAGGUAGACACAUGAUCAGAAAGUACUGAUGUAACUUGAGUUAGAAUUAGAGCUUCUGUGGAGGAAAAGAAGCCUUUGAAUGCUGUAAUGCCAUGUUAAAGAGGACAAAGAAUUUUGCAUACCACAGCUCUUACCCCUUAGACCAUGUAUGGCCUGAUGGAUGUGCUGCUCCCUUGUUCAAUGCAGAGUAGUCCAAGGAGAGCUCUGACCUUAGAAAGAAACAACAGAAGUUUCAGUUGAAAUCUUUCUGAUACCUGGAGCAUGCCUAACUAGUACAGGACCCUAGAGCAGUAGAAUCAGUUCCUGUAGCUUCUCAUUUGCCUUUUGCCCCUAUUUCCCAACUGUAUGAAACUUUAGAAUUACAUUCCAUUUAAAAUGAAAUGAAUAAUACCGUUUACGUAUAAACUGUAUUUUUUUAGCCCUUGAUUACUCUAGCACUCCUGGUAAUUUGGGGGAGCUUUGAGGGCCUUUUGUGAGUGAUACGCCUCUAGGACCCAUGAGCACAUAUUCCAUUAUUGCAGUGAAUGUAUGCAUUUUCACAAGUGGGCUUGGCAUCCUCUUUGGGGAUAGAUAUUUUAACCUUGAUGCCACUGGCUUCAACACUAGUGAAAUCUUAUGAAAUUCCAGUUGGGAAAAUCUCAUGAGAAUGCUUCUUAAGCAGGAAUUAACAGUUUAGAUGCUCUGAACUUCUGUAAAUCAGAAACCUAAUUAUAGUAUAUUAGUAUUGGGUUUAUUUUGGCUCUUUGCAAUGUUUGGGAGUUAUUGGAGGGGGUAUCCUCCUUUUCCCAGCAGGCUCUGGUCUUAUUGAUGCCCCAAGCCUACUUUGCUAUAAUAGUGUUUGCAUUUAAACACAAUAGCUGCUGUAGGUUUAUUUAUUUAUUUAUUUUUACUCUUUCAGUGACAUUUAUUUUAAAAACAUUUAGCUUAAAAAUUUAUUUUUGUACUGACAUUUAUUUGGUGAAUAUGCCACUUUUGGCACCAACAUGUAUUUUCAUUUUUUUCUUUCCAUUUUUAAAAUGUGUAAAUAAUAGUAAUACCUUAAUAAUGAUAGCAACUUUGUACCUAGAAUAAAUGUUUUCCUCCCCCUC